CUUGUGUUGUUAUACCUGAUCGCGUGGUCGCUUCGUGGAUGUGCACAACGUUGGAUGGUAGACGUUUUAUUUUGAGAAGGAUAACAAAGUGCAGAUAAACAUGGAUCGUUUAUUGGAGGAUCCACUGGCUUCGUCAAAAUUUGGUUGAAACUUUCAUUUUGCAACAUGGGAACUUAAGAGACUUUGUCAAGUUCCCAAUAUUUGCCUUAGUGCUAGUGUGUCCUUCAACGAGGAUUAGAGACUGCUCCGGUCAACGGUGAAAUAUUUGUGCUGUAAUGCCAGAACGAAUGAAACUCAAAAUGAAUGGGGUUGUACCGAGUGUGCCAAUAACUACCCUCGCUGGUAUCGCGAGUCUCACAGACUUGUUACCCGAAAUGCCCCUACCGACUCCGCUGCCACAGACUCUGACUAAUAAGUCGCUGCUGUUUCAUCCACGAGUGGCAGAGGAGGCGCAGAUAUUGCUGAGCGUUCGCGACGAGAAUCUCGUGCCGCAAUUGAUAAUGUCACUGUCGCAGACGUCGUCGGAACACAUUGAACUCAAGGACAAUUAUCCGAGUACCGAGCAAUCGCUGGAAAACGAGCAAAACACGCCUGAAUUGCUCAAGGCGAUCUUGCAGAUAAACCCUGAUGUAUUCAGAGGAACCCAGCACAAUUCUCCAAGGAACUGGACGCAGGCUAUGCCUAUGCUGCACGCGAAUCAAUCGCCGGCGAGCUAUGGUCGUUUCUCGCCGUCCUACUCGAGCUCUUCGGGCUCCAGGCAAACGCCCCAAGGCAGCCCGGCUCAUUCUGCAGCAGCCAGGUCAUCUGUACUUCCGCCACCGAUUGCCAGCGGCAUUGCUCACGCGCAACACCCGCGGAUGCCGAUCACUCCGCAGAAUCAUGCGGACAUCUCGCAGAUGUCUCCUUUCGCCGUGCCUUCUCCGUCGCCCAGAGGCAACGUUAUGACCGAACAAACGAGAACGUUGACUACGCCCCAACAUAUGCAGGAGGACACGAACUGUAUAAAUCCCCUAGCGAACGUAACUCUUCAACCCAACAUGUACUCGCCGGCUCACAUGAACUCGCCCAAUGCACCGCUGGCAUCUAUGACCAAUAUGACACCUCAGCAUAACAUGGCUGGUAUGACGCCGCAACACAACAUGCACAUGACAUCCCCAAUGCGUAAUGUGCCUCUGCAACAACAUUCAGCCAUGGGUAUGCAGCAAAGUCUUUACGAUUCAAUGAUGAAUCAACAAGUACAUCAUGCAUUAGGUAGCGGUCAAUCAUUGGACAUCGAUAAUGCAGUGCAGGAGAAUCAGCAAUUUCUUCUCGACCCAGUAGCCGGUCUUUCCGAUCUUGACCUACCGAUGGAGAACAUCGAUACGAAGCAGAGCGUCGAUCAUGCGAUACAACAUUUAUUACCGACUUCUCAGACCACGUCCUUUCCAAAUAUACAUGCCGCCGAUAUGGUUAACGCUUUAGAUCCGGCUGCAGCUAGCAUGGCGCCUAAUGUGCAACAUCAACAGAAUAAUAAUUCGGAGAAGAGUAUGAAAUUUGCCGGGACGGAAAAGCUGAAGGAGCCCAUAGUUAUGUUAAACAGAUUAUCGUUGGCCGAUCAGGCGCUUAUGCAGAAAAGUCUGGCGGCGUUUGCAGAGAAGUCGCCGAGUCGCGCGGCGAAAAUGGGCAUUUCCAAUCGUGACGAGGCGUCAAAAACUGACUCCGAGAGCGAGGAGGAGGUCGGCAAGAACAACAAAUACUUUAAAGCUCGCGCAAAGGAGCGGCAGGUGCAACGAGAGAAGGAGAAAGCGGAGCGGCGAAAAAGCGAGGACAAGGGCCGCAGGCGAAAAAGGAUAGUGGACGACGACGAGGAAGAUGAUAAACGAGAUGCGUCGUACUCGCCCACGAAACCAAAAAUACGCAAGAUCGAGAAGAAGUUAGUGCCUGUGUUAGCCAAACUGAGCGUCGAGGAAUUAAUGGAGACCAAUACUUACCAACGAUUUAACUCUACCAUAGAGACAAUCUUCGAGAAUACCGAAGACAUUAUGACGAACGCCGAUCUGGAGGACGACGGCGAAGUGCUUGCGGAGAUGCUUAUUCCCAAGUAUCAACUGCACGAUCUUUGUACGGAAGCGGCCAAGCUCAAAACAUUGGGCGCCAUGGAAUCGAUACCUACAGAUAAAUUGGUGAGGCUGCUGAACAUCUUGGAAAAGAACAUACGAGAUGGCGCGAGGGUGUCGCCGCUCGUGGAUCCGGACGAUGACGUCGAUGAAGGACGAUUAUGGAUGCAACUGGCGAUGGAACGGGUGCAACGUGCCGUGGAUGCGUCGUUGAUCGCGUUGCACAUUAUGACCUCUAGCAACAUGCCGAAGACAGUCUACUUGGAAGAUGUGAUUGACCGAAUAGUCCUUUUCAUGAAGUUUCAACUGCAGAACACGAUCUAUCCUUCCUUCGAUCCCGUAUAUAAGAUAGAUACGAAGAACAAGACUGACAAUUUUAAUUCUAGCGGACGCAAGAAGCGAGGACAUACGAAGGAAGUGCGGGAGAAGAGUAUCCUGCAGCUUUACAAUAAGAUGCACGAGCUGGUAGGUCUGCUGGCCGAGCUGUUGAACAUACAGGUUCUAACGGACACGAGUGUUCUGCAUGCGUCAUCAUUGGGCGUCGCGCCGUUUUUCGUCGAAUCGGUGAGCGAUCUUCAAUUGAGCGCAUUGAAACUCGUUACUGUAAUAUUCACAAAGUACGAGAAGCAUAGGAGAUUAUUAUUGGACGACAUCCUGGCGUCAAUUGCGAGAUUACCGAGCAGCAAAAGAAGUUUACGCACGUACAGACUCAAUUCUGAGGAUUACAUACAGAUGUUGACCGCGUUGGUCCUGCAGCUUAUCCAAUGCGUGGUGGUUCUGUCGGAUUCCAAAUCGAAGGACGACGACGAGAAGAAACCCAGUCAUGUAGACGCCGAUGUCUUCAUUAUUAACAGAUACGAGACCGCCACCAGAAUAGCUGGGAAUUUUUUAACGGUAUUUCUUAACAAAUGCGGUAGCAAAGGCGAGGAGAUCGAUUACAGACCAUUGUUCGAGAAUUUCGUUCAAGACUUAUUAGCGACGGUGAAUAAACCCGAGUGGCCCGCUGCCGAGUUGCUGUUAAGUCUUCUCGGAAAUCUGUUAGUGGGACAUUUUUCCAAUAAAAGCUCUGAUAUGUCGCUUCGCGUAGCCUCCAUCGAUUAUCUUGGCGUGGUAGCGGCCAGAUUGCGCAAGGAUGCAGUCAAUUCACAGUGCAAAUUGUCAACCAUUGAUCAAAUUAUACGAGACAUUAAACUCGAGCAACAAAAGGACUCGGACUACGAUCAGAUAAAGGACAAAGAGAUCGUAGGAUUGAACGAGGACGAAGAGAGGACCGUGUUUUUGCAGAAAGUACUCCUGGAUUAUCUGGCUGUCAACGGGACGAAAGAUCCGGCUCUCGGAUACGCGCGUCAUUUUUACCUAGCCCAGUGGUAUCGGGAUUGCGCGAUGGAGAAGUCCCGGGUGGGUCAGUCGAAAAACAGUCCGAGCAAGAAGAUGCACAAGAAACGGACGAAGAAGAAAAAUCGGCAUCACAACAGCGAUCAAGACACCGAGUCCGAGUUGGACGAGCAAGAUCCAGACGAGAACGACAAUAACGAGCAGAAGAACUCUGAAGCUUAUCGAGUUAUAGAAGAGAAGAAGAAGUACAUUAUCAGUAGAAUAAGACUGUGCAGCACAGGAACGAAACCGGAUAUCCUUCAGACGUACAUCGACUACAACUCCGCGGAGCUGAUCUCGCAAUACCUCGCGUCUAAGAGACCGUUCUCGCAAAGUUUCGAUAGAUACCUGAAGCAGAUUCUCCAUGUGCUGACAGAAUCGUCAAUUGCCAUCAGAACCAAGGCAAUGAAGUGCCUCACGAUGAUUGUCGAGGCUGAUCCGAGCGUGCUGGCAAGAGUGGACAUGCAGCUGGGCGUGAAGCACUCGUUCCUCGAUCACUCAACGUCAGUGCGGGAGGCAGCGGUUGACUUGGUAGGAAAAUUUGUAUUGAGUAGACCUGAACUGAUUGACAAAUAUUAUGACAUGCUGUCGGCAAGAAUCCUGGAUACUGGCGUGAGCGUCCGAAAACGCGUUAUCAAGAUUCUCAAGGACAUCUGCAUGGAGUGCCCAAAUUUCCCCAAAAUCCCAGAAAUAUGCGUGAAGAUGAUAAGGAGAGUGAACGACGAAGAGGGCAUUCGGAAGCUCGUCAUGGAGGUUUUCCAAAAUAUGUGGUUUACCCCAGUAAGAGAGCGCCCUACUCUCGACUCAGAAUCGUUGUUGAGGAAAGUGAUGAACAUCACGGACGUUGUAGCAGCCAGCAAGGAUAUGGGACUCGAGUGGUUUGAGCAGCUUUUGGUAAGUUUGUUCAAACCGAAGGAGGACAAGGACGACAGCACAAAAAUGCAGACGGAGCCGCCGCGGGCUUUGCUGACAGCGUGCAAGCAAAUCGUGGACUGUCUGAUCGAGAACGUUCUACGGUUGGAGGAGACAAAUCUAGAUUCGGAGAAAUCGGAAAAGAAAGGCUCGUCACAGAGGUUGGUCGCGUGCCUGACAACGCUCUAUCUGUUCGCGAAGAUUCGGCCUCGAUUGCUAGUAAAUCAUGCAAUCACUCUACAGCCUUAUCUGAGCUUGAAAUGUCAGACACAGGGCGACUAUCAGAUUAUCAGUAGCGUUGCACAUACGCUCGAAUUGGUGGUGCCUCUGAUGGAACAUCCCAGCGAAACUUUUUUAGCACAGUUGGAAGAAGACUCGGUGAAGCUGAUCUUACAGCACGACAGAUCGGUGGUCGCAAGCUGUCUAUCGUGUCUAGGCUCUGUAGUUAAUAAUGUCACGCGAAACUACAACCUGAUACGAGACUGCUUCAAGAAAUACUAUGGACACUUAACAGAUUACAAAUCGUUUUACGAGAAGGAUCCAAAGAAUCCCUCGCUAAUAAGGUGCAGGCCGUUCUUCCGACGAGCACUCUUCACGGUCGGCUUAUUGCUACGUCACUUUAACUUCAUGGAUCCAGAGGUGAUAGAGGGCCUGGCGGACAAUAUCAAGGAUCAGGUCUUCGAAACACUUAGUUAUUUCGUUCAUUUGGAUAAUGACGAUAUCCGACACUUUACGCUGUCGGCCAUUGGUUCUCUUUGCAUACGACAUUAUGAGUUUAUGAUGUUGCCGGAAUUGAAAGAGCUCUAUCAUCAUUUGCUCACGUCGGAGUACGCAUUGGUCCACAUGAGAAUCCAGGUGCUCAACAACAUCGAAGUAUAUCUGCAAGAGGAAGAGAAGAGGAUGAUCAAGCAGGAUUUAGAAUGGGCAAAAUUGUCUAAACAGGAGAACUUGAAGGAAAUGGGUGACGUAUCGUCAGGCAUGGCGAGCACUGUUAUCCAGCUCUAUAUUAAAGAAAUUCUCGAGUCUUUCCUACACGUCAACGUAAGCGUACGACAUGCGGCCCUCAAAGUUAUUCAGCUGAUCCUGGCGCAGGGUCUGGUACAUCCCGUCCAGAUAGUGCCCUAUUUGAUCUGCAUGAGCACGGAUUGCGAGAAAGUCGUGAGCCACAGCGCGGAUAAGCAAUUGCAGGAUAUCGAAAAGAAAUAUCCCGGCUUCAUCCACAUGAAGUCGCAAUUUGGCAUCAAAUUGAGCUACCGGCUACAGAAAAUUCUACAGAAUGACAUCACGGUGAGGGGUAUGCGAACGAAGGAGGGCGAAUUCCCGGGCGCACUUAACGGUUUCCUCUAUACGAUUCUACGUAACACGAAACAGCAGAGGCGGGCGAUCGUAUUGUCUUUUCUCAAGCACUUCGACGAGGCUGCUAAAACUAGUCUGUCGCAGAUGCUAUACUUGGCGGACAAUCUCGCCUACUUUACAUAUCAAGUACAAGACGAACCUCUUUUCAUCAUUCAUCACAUCGACAUCAUUAUUUCUAUGUCUGGGACGAAUCUACUACAGUCUUUUAAAGAGGCUCUGCUGCCUAAAGAGGGCAGUGCCAGGCAUAUGUCGGGACAGCCGGCCGAACAGCCGAUUGGACAGCCGAUGGGACAACCGAUGGGACAACCGAUGGGACAACCGGUGGGACAACCGAUGGUGUUAGGACCAGACGGUCAACCAAAACCCGUUCAGUUGUCGACUUUGGAGGACGAAGAAGAUGAUGAAGAGGACGAAGAAGCUCUUUUGGCCAGAUUGCCAGGCAAUACUACCUUGCUCAGGGAGUAUAUUACCGCCAGUCAAGGCUUUUUACUUUUAUUAACGCUUCGACAACAUCUCAAAGAUCUUUAUGGGUUUUCUGACGCAAAGAUCGGCCAAUAUUCGCCGUCGGAAGCGGCUAAAGUCUAUGAAAAGGCAGUGAAUCGUAAAAAUAAUCUGCUCUUUGAACCUAAGGCCACGUUGCAGAGGCUAAAGGAGGGUGUGACGAACGUCAACGAACUGGACGCGAACGGCAGGAAGAAGCUCGUGAAAGAGUACCUGGACUUCAAGCAGCUAAUGCUUAAAUUUGAUCCUGAAGAACCGGACGAUGAUGGUGGUCACGAUGCUGCCGACACCAGCGGCGGUGGUAAGCACAGUGCAGAGAAUCCACAAACAGCGAGGAUACCGCAGCAUCCCGAAGCUGGCGGCGGUAGGACGAUAGCAGACGGUGUCGUUGUGGGAGAUGCCAAUGCUCUUAUCGCGGCUGGCCAGCAGCAGUACCAUUUACCAUUGCAAUCGAAUCUGACCGCUCCGAUGGAGCAUCCGAACAAUUCGGUAAACUCGUUGCCUGUUAUGGCGGCAACGGCGACGACGACGGUCGCAGCGACACCGGCGACGACGCCCCGGGUGCCGAAGCUAACGAUACACACCCAUCCGGACGCGAGGGAGUCACACCGGAAGCACCGCGCACACAAGACGGACAAGUCGGUGAGGAAGCACAAGAAGAAGAGGAGGAGAAGAAUCUCCGAUAGCAGUGAGAGCGGAGAGGACUACAGUGACCCUGACUUCCUAGUGUGAGUGCGGUGGUAUAUCUCGUCCUGUGUGUAUAUAUAAAAAUAUUCUCGCGAUGAUGUGCGUGUGUGAUCGGUCGGCUGGAAUGACUCUUAUUCCAUGUAGCCAAAAUUUGGACGUCAUUGCGACGCGAUUGACCCUUUCUCAUGUCACCCGAGACGACUCUUUUUUUCCCCAGAUCAUCAAAGUUGAGAUGAAUUCGAAAACGGUUCCGGCAAAGGUACCGUUCCGUCAGGAAAUUGCAUAGAGACUAUAAUUGCUAUGUGGGAAUGCGUGUGAGUGAAAGAGAGAUCUUCAAUAGGAAUGAUAGCCAGAGAUUUUUAAGCGCGAUCGAACGUUGAGGUAGGAUUAGCGUGUUGUUGGCCGAAACGGCGGGCGUCUGCGAGGUUUAUCGAUCCGCCAUGCUGUUGUUAGCGAGAUCGGCUCGUUAAAUAUUUCGUACGACCGACUCGGGAACAUGGUUCGUUCAAAUUAGCUUUUCCUUCUUCCCCGUCGAAGUACGCCAUCAAUACAGUCAUUCUUGACAAGCGAAAGCUUCUGGUGAUUGUUCGAUUCCGUCGAAAUGGCGCAAAAGGCGAGAAACAUUGAGAGCCAUUAUCCGAAACGAUACUACGAACCAAGUUCUCCGAAAAAAAGUCAAGUACAAUAAACUACAUUCGAACAAAA